GAGUCGCGACAGGAUUUUGCGAAGUUCAUAAUUAUAUACUUGUUAUAAUGAGUUCAAUGGAUAUAGACCGACCAGUCAAGAACAAAGGCAAAGGCAAAAUGGUGGAAAAGAACGAGCCGGAUAACUUGCCAUGGGUCGAGAAGUACCGUCCAAAGACCCUCGACGAUCUUGUCUCUCACAAAGAUAUUACAUCAACCAUCGAGACAUUCAUCGAUGCAAACCGUCUGCCACAUUUGCUGUUUUACGGUCCUCCAGGCACCGGUAAAACAUCCACCAUUCUCGCUUGCGCACGAAAAUUAUACGGUGAUAACUACAAAUCCCUCAUUCUCGAGUUGAACGCGUCAGACGAUCGUGGUAUCGACGUCGUGCGAGAACAAAUCAAGAACUUUGCCAGUACGCGCACUAUUUACAGCUCGGGUUUCAAGCUCAUUAUUCUCGACGAAGCCGAUGCCAUGACAAAUCAAGCCCAAUCCGCCUUGCGUCGAGUCAUUGAAAAGUACACAAAGAACGUCCGCUUUUGUAUCAUCUGCAAUUAUGUUAGCAAGAUUAUACCAGCCAUUCAGUCUCGAUGCACACGUUUUCGUUUUGCCCCGCUAGAACUGCCGCAAGUGGAAGCAAGGUUAAAAUAUAUCGUUGAAGCCGAACGUGUCAACUUGACAGAGGAUGGCAUGAAGGCGUUGUUGAGAUUGUCCAAAGGCGAUAUGCGAAGAGCGUUGAAUAUUCUACAAGCAUGUCAUGCUGCUUAUGAUCGGGUCGAUGAAACAGCCAUUUAUAACUGUACAGGCCAUCCUCAUCCCCAAGAUAUUGAACGCAUUGUCAGCUGGAUGCUCACCGAAGAAUUCACCACAGCCUAUUCAAACAUUGAAAAGUUGAAACGCGAAGCGGGUCUGGCGCUGCAAGACAUCAUCAGCGAAGUGUACUAUUAUAUUCAAACCAUUGAAUUUCCCGCCGUUGCUCGAGUUUACUUGCUUGAAAAUCUGGCGGAUAUAGAAUAUCGAUUAGGUGAAGGAGCCAACGAAAGUGUGCAACUGGGUGCUCUAGUAGGCAUGUUCAAACUCGCCACCGAAAAGGCGGCGGCGGGUCAAUAAAAUCCUGUUCGUGUUAAUCAUAUUGACAAGAACUACAACAAGUUCAAUAUAGAAAAACGCCUACCCCAAAAAUCAUCCGUUAGAUUUCCGGUUCUCUUUUCUUCUAUUCCACAAUUAUCGAGGGCCUUUUUUCAUCUAUCUAAUCUUUUACUCUCAAGAUUUCAUUGUAAAAACAUAGCGAAUAAAGCAAUAACCACUUUACAAACGUGAAAUCAUUUGUCCAACCCUUUUACUCUGCGAAUGGAAAGCCUAUACGUAUCUACUAUAUUAAUCUUUCUACCUUAAAUGACAUUAAC